AUUUCAUAUUUUUUUUAACGGAAAUGUGUUGAUAAGGGCGAGGCGAGGGCAUGUUAAAAACUAAAUACCAACUAAUUCCGACUGACGACGAGCAUUCGCUCAAGGAAAAAAGCUCUGCACCAUGGAUACUGCAGUUUGGCCUUAUAUUUGUAGGGCUCGUGACUCUGGCUUUGUACACUUGGAGUCCUGGAAUAGUUCAGUUGGAGGCCAGUACUUUGGGUACUCCGACAGCGGUUGAGGCGUUCAUCAAUUUGGAGGCGGUUUCUGUAAGCUCUGUUUUUGAACAGUCUACCACGGACAAUGAAUACUCAAAAACGGCCAGCGAAUCCUCAACCACGGGCAAUGAAUACUCAACCACGGAUAAUGGACAGUCAACCACGAACAUAGUCUAUGACCAAUCGACGGCAAGGACCACUGAAGCAUUACAGCCGGAGACAAAAAGAAUAAAGUUCUUUGUGAAUACCCCUCAGUGUCAAAUGCCAUAUCUUAACCCCUUCUCCAGAAAUAUCCUAAAAAUAUACCACAGGAAACGCUAUGUAGUGUGUGAUAAGGACCCGGACAUGCUUAAAGUCAUCUACAAUGAAAAAGAUCAGACCUACAAACUGCACAGAAACGAUCCCAAUUCUACAUGUUGCUACAAGCAGAUCUUAAGAGCAGGAGUUCGGACAACAGCUGACUCCAAGUACAAGUUGCUGUCGUGCGUUACGUUCCCCCAGGAUUUUGUGGUACCUCCAGACGUAGAGGCAGUGAUAACUGAAUGCCGUCGACCUAACAGUUCGAAAGUCUUGCAAAAGGAUGGCUUCAGUUUCGUGCAUCCACAGAAGCCACACCCAAUGCCUUCAUCAUCUCCUAAGAAAAGGCCCAGCGUCCUGCUCUGGGGUAUCGAUUCGCUUUCACGUAUGAACUUUGAGCUAACCAUGCCCUUGACGUUCAAGUAUUUUCGGGAACAGCCUUGGUACGAGCUGCAGGGUUAUAAUAAGAUGGGCGACAAUACCUUUCCUAAUCUAAUGGCAAUUCUCACGGGCUUCAAUCAAACCCGAUCAUAUUCAAAGUGUCGACCAACCGCAGUGGGUGGCCUGGAUGCCUGUCCCAUGAUCUGGAAGAGAUUUAAGGAGGAAGGCUAUGCGACCGCCUACGCCGAGGACUGGGCGAGUAUUUCGACAUUCGAAUAUCUAAAGAAGGGCUUUCGCACGCGUCCCACGGACGUGUAUGGACGCCCUCUGGUCCUGGCCCUGGAGAAGGAACUGAAGAAAAAGUAUAUAAAGGAAAUUCCAUACUGUUUGGGACGAAAGUCUUCCGCUGAGUAUAUCUACGACCUGGCCGAGCAGUUUACAGAGGUUCACAAGAAUCGUAGUUUCUUUGGCAUGUUCUGGACCAACUCCUUUAGCCACAACGACUUUUCCUUGCUAUCGGCCAUGGAUGCCAGGAUGGUCCAGUAUAUGCGAACCCUGGACCACAAUGGGAUCAUGCAGAACACCAUCAUUAUCUUCUUCAGCGAUCAUGGCACCCGAUUCGGGUUGCUGCGUAAAUUAGCGAGCGGUUUUCUAGAGGAGCGGCUACCGGUUAUUUAUAUACGUCUCCCGAAAUGGAUUCGGGACAAGUAUCCGCAGUUUCUGGACAACUUGAAGGCAAACAAGAACCGGCUGACUUCACCCUACGAUAUCCAUGCCACACUCAAGCACAUCUUGGAGCUGGACACACCCGCGGAACAGUUGCCCCGACCAGAGGGCUGUCCAACCUGUCACAGCGUCUUCCAAGCGGUAUCCUUGUCCAGAAACUGUUCCCUCGCAGGCAUCGACGACCAUUGGUGCGGCUGUGGCGGCUUCACGGAGGUUUCUCCCACAGAUCAAAUGGCCAAGACGAUAGCUGAACAGCUAGUGGAGGCCAUAAAUCAAUUUCUGAUCUCCCUGAAAGGCACGCAGAAGUGUCGUCAUCUGAAGCUUGACAAAAUAAUGUCCGUUCAUAGGAAGGGUAAAUCAUCUGUCUAUUUGAUCCAGCUAUCUAUUUCACCUGGCGGCGGUUUCCUCGAGGCCUCUGCCGACUGGAACCCCAAGACCCAAAAAAUAUCCACUAGUGUGCCCAGCAUCAGUCGAUUGGACUCGUAUGGGACACAGUCGCGGUGCGUUGAGGUGAAAGAAGCAAAGAAGUUCUGUGUCUGUUAAGCAUAAUCGGCUGCGAUCAGCCCCGGAUAACCGCAGGACCACAGCACAAAAAAGGAACCACCGUUUUGUAUCUGUUUGGCAUCUCGUGGCUAUUGUUCCGGUCUCUCAGAGCCACCACGUUUGAGUGCGGAUGGAGUCCAUCGUUAGGGACGAUCUUCUUGUGUAUGGUUUUGGUAUCUGCCAACUGUUUCCGCAACUAAUUUCAGGGUCGUGAUUGUGCAAAGAGCAAAUUAGUUGACAAUUACAUGACAAUUGGCAGAUACUAUUCUCGGAUAAUUGCCCAAGCAGUUGUCUCUUUUCAAUUACCAAUAUCAGAUUUUAGGGAAGAUGCAAAAACUAAUUAUUUCUAAUCGUAAAUCUUAAUACAUUUUUUAAUUUUCUUUCAAACUUAACAAUAAAUCAAUAGGUAA